UCAGAAUUCACAAAUGGACUCGGGGAGGAAGAGAGGAUGGCAAUAGAGGCUAUGGAAAAUCUGUCGCGAGAUGGCAUUGAGAAGCUAAUGAAGGAGAACAAGUUGGAUGCAAUGGUGACACCAGGUUCGGGUGCCCCCUCUGUGCUGGCAAUUGGAGGGUACCUAGCAAUUUCUGUCCCGGCUGGGUAUGACAGCGAUGGAAUGCCAUUUGGGAUCUGUUUCGGAGGCUUGAAGGGCACAGAAUCGAAGCUGAUUGAGAUUGCUGAUGGUUUUGAACAGGCCACCAUGGUUAGGAGACCUCCUUUUUCCUUAUCAAUGGAAUGGAAUAAGGAUGCUUACGUGUGACUUGUGAUAUGUUUGGUGUCAUUGUAUGAAACUGUUGGCAAAUUUUCUUUAAAUAUGCAGAGGACAUGACUCAGAUGCAUAUCUUCUGCUUUGGCAACCAGCAAACCGACACAUAAUCGAUAGUAGCAGAGUUUCAAGAGUAUUAGCCCUCAA